GCAGCAAAGCCUCCCUCUGUCUCCCUCUCUCUCUCUCUCACUCUCUCUCUCUCACACUGCUUCUGACAGUCUCCCUCUCUCUCAAUGCGCAAAAGCAAGAAAAACCAGCACCACCUCGAUCCUCGCCACUAAAUUUUCCCUCUCAGGCAACUCAAACGCACCGUUUCGCAGAAAUGCGGGUCUUCAAAGCUCCGAUCUUGGCCUCCGUCGCCGUGCUGCUGUCUCUCUCUGUUGUCUACUGUGGCUUGCCGGCCACCUUUCUUUCUCUAGAACGGGCCUUUCCGCCGAGUCACCGAGUCCAACUCGACCACCUCCGAGCUCGGGACCGAGUCAGGCACGCCCGGCUCUUGCAAAACGUGGCGGGCGGCGUUGUCGACUUCUCAGUCGAAGGCACCUCCGAUCCCUACCUCGUCGGGCUUUAUUUUACCAAAGUGAAAUUGGGCUCUCCGCCAAAAGAAUUCAAUGUUCAGAUUGAUACUGGAAGUGACAUCUUGUGGAUUACCUGCAAUUCCUGCAGUGAUUGCCCCCAGUCUAGUGGACUCGGAAUUGAGCUCAAUUUAUAUGAUUCUGCCAGCUCGUCAACUGCAGGGCUGAUCCCCUGUUCAGACCCAAUGUGCACCUCCUCAUUUCAAACUUCAUCAACCGAAUGCUCUCCUCAGAGUAAUCAGUGCAGUUACACUUUUCAAUAUGGAGAUGGAAGUGGGACAACUGGUUAUUACGUAUCAGAUGCGCUAUAUUUUGACAUGAUUCUGGGGCAGUCUUAUAUUGCUAACUCUUCAGCAUUCGUUGUUUUCGGGUGUAGUACCUAUCAGUCUGGGGAUUUUACCAAGACAGAUAAAGCAGUGGAUGGGAUAUUUGGGUUCGGGCAAGGGGCUCUGUCUGUUAUAUCACAGUUGUCAUCUCGAGGGGUAACUCCCAAAGUGUUCUCUCAUUGUUUGAAGGGAGAUGGCAAUGGAGGAGGUAUACUUGUUCUUGGUGAGAUUUUGGAGCCAAAUAUUGUUUAUAGUCCCCUUGUUCCAUCACAGCAGCAUUAUAAUUUAAAUCUGCAGAGCAUUGCUGUCAAUGGGCAAAUAUUGCCAAUUGAUCCAGCAGCCUUCACCACAUCAAACAGCCGAGGAACUAUUGUUGACUCAGGAACAACUUUGACAUACCUUGUUGAAGAAGCUUACGAUCCUUUUGUUAGUGCUAUAACUUCAGCUGUUUCACAAUCUGUGACUCCCAUCAUUUCAAAAGGAAACCAGUGUUAUCUUGUUUCCACCAGUUUGGCUGAGGUAUUUCCUCCAGUUAGUCUAAACUUUGCCGCUGGUGCAUCAAUGGUGUUGAAACCCGAAGAAUACCUCAUGCGUACUGGUUCUAGUGAAGGUGCUGCUGUGUGGUGCAUUGGUUUUCAGAAGGUUCAGGGAGGGGUGACAAUUUUAGGAGAUCUUGUUCUAAAAGAUAAGAUAUUCGUGUAUGAUUUAGCUCAUCAACGGAUUGGAUGGGCUAACUAUGAUUGCUCAUUGUCUGUAAAUGUCUCUGUAACUUCUAGCAAAGACGAGUAUAUCAAUGCAGGACAGCUGAGUGAGAGCAGCUCAUCAGGAGACAUGCUAUUCAAGCUGCUAACAACAGGAAUUGUGGUUUUCUUGAUGCACAUAUUGGUGUUUGUGGAGUUCCAUUUUCUGUAAUUUAAACCUCAGAUUUCGAUUCUCUUUUCAAAGUGUAUUGGAUCGGCUGAUCUUUAUUAAUAGUGAUCAGUUGGCCUUCUGCUGUUAUGUGUAUUGCCGAGCGCCAGGGGUCACAACAACGUAUAUCAGUAUGAUGUGCUUCUGAUUUGUUUGAAUGGGGGGAACCAUCUUUCUUCUGACUUGAAGGUUUGCUGAAUUGGGGGGAACCAUCUUCAAACUGUAAAUUUUUCUUUGUACCAUCAACUUGUGGCCGGUGGAAGCACAGCAAGCAAUUGUAGCUAGGCAUAUAGAAAUUCUGUAUGUUGUCUGAGUCAAAUGUCAUUUUUGUUUACUAUUUUUACUUGAUCAUUCCAAGCUGUUCAAUUUGUACAGAGCUGAAACAAAAAAAGUUUCAGAGUUUCUUCUUCUUGUUGUCACAUGUUUUGUUCUCACAGAGAUUAAGAAGACAGUUGACUGUUGUUGGGUGCAAAUGUUGGAGACAACUCAAAAGUAUUUUGUGCAUUUGUGUGA